CUGAGCCUCAUCGAAAGAUGACCAUGCAACUAAAUUCCGAGCCACGAAGGCAUGAGUAACGAACGGAAAUAAGUGUUGAAGGCAAGAACAGGGCAUUGGACCACUUGCCGUAGUAUUUGGGGCGAGAUCCGGGUCUGGAAAAAGCUUGUAUGCAUGGCGAUUCAGGAGAGAUGCGGUCGUGUGGCACAGCUGCAUGGUCUUUCAAGGUGCCCUGGGUCUGGAGGAUUGAGUUCGGAGAAUGCAACGCGUGCGAAGCGCUUCGAUGUGCAUAUUCCGGUAGACGCACGCUUACCGGCGAUUUUGGUAAUAAGCCAUGGCUUCUAUGUGGCGCACAUGCAACGGUGAUUGGCCUGCGAGUAUUCCAUGCGCAGCUGUGUUACGGUGAUGAUAUGACCAAACGCGUAUUGAUCUCCGUAGCAAUAGCCUGCACAAUUUUCGCAUGGCUGGUGAUUAGAGGAUAGGAUGAUUUCGGAUGAUUGCGCCCGGUGGGCCGGUCUAGAGAUUCCUGUAG